CACUGAGGAAUAUAAGAAGCACACGUGCGAUACAGAAGUUUUCUAUCUUUAUAAAAUGUUUGGCAUACGUGUACUAGUUUCAUUGAUGAUCAUUGGAUCAGUCCAGGUUAUGAGAAGCACAGGGAAACAAAUAGGUUGUGAUUUUAAUAAGAUUUCCAGUGAGUAUUCGAAAUCUUGCAGAAAAGCGUCGUAUGUUGAGGACAUAUUCAGAGAAUUAGGUCGUGAUGGGGAAAUCAGACCUGCUGAGUUUCUCGAGCAACUAUCCACGACUUGCAGUAACUAUGAAUCUUACAUGAAAUGUGCUAAUUGCACUGCUAAACGAGUCUGUGAGGAUGAAAAAACAAAGUUAAAGGAAUUACUCAGUGAAAGAUGGGCGCUUUUUUGCGACGGUGACCAACCAUCAGACUGGCUGAAGACAGUAUUACAGAACCAGUACAGCUACAACAAGUCUUGUGAACAAGUAUUUAAAAAUUCUUUCUACGCGUGUGUAGGCGGAGAUCCGAAGGCUAAUACAAAUGCAACAUCUCUGACGGAUGUUUCCGAGAUAUACAGAGAAGCUUUCUCAGGCAUUUUCAAAUGUGUAAUUGGUGAACUGUUUAGCCAUGUGGAUUAUGUGAUACAAUGUGGAUCUUCGUGGCAGGAUAUCUUACUUACAGGCUGGCUAGAAUUUUCCGCUUCAUACGGUGUUGCAGUUCAAAUCAGCGAAGAUGAAGUUGAACAAUUGAAAGUGAUGAGAUGCAAGUAAGAAUUAUCAGCAUUUUCUACUGAAAUAGCACCAUACACCUCAUUUUUGGCAGUCGAUACACGUCACAUCACAUUGCGGAAUAUUUUGUAGAAUAUAUCUAUCAUACUAUUUAAUGUAGUAAAAUUGUGCAUCAUAA